AUGGAUUCACAAUUAUCAUCUGAAUUAAAUGCAAUACAAGAUGAAUUAGUUGAAAUUCUUCAUGAUAUUCAUUCUCAUCCGGAAUUAUCCUUGAAAGAAGAACGUACAUCAAAACUUGUUGCAAAAAAACUUAAAGAAUAUGGACUUACUGUUACUGAAGGAGUUGGUCAAUAUGGUGUUAUUGGUACACUUAAAAGUAAUCAAUCUGGUAAUCAUUCCAUUGGUUUACGUGCUGAUAUGGAUGCUCUACAUUUAACUGAACAAACAGAUCUUUCAUAUAGUUCGAAAAUACCAGAAGCUAUGCAUGCAUGUGGACAUGAUGGUCAUACAGUGAUGUUACUUGGUGCCGCAAAAUAUUUAGCUGAACAUCGUGAUUCAUUUUGUGGUACAGCUCAUUUUAUUUUUCAACCUGCUGAAGAAAAUCUUCAAGGUGCUUAUAAUAUGAUUAAAGAUAAAUUAUUUGAACGUUUUCCAGUUGAUGCUAUCUAUGGACUUCAUAAUACAACGAACAUGGAAGUUGGUAAAUUUGGUAUACGAUCUGGUCCUAUGAUGGCUGCAUCAGAUCGUUGGGUAGUAACAUUUUGUGGUACGGGCGGUCAUGGUGGUUUACAACCACAUUUAGCAACAGAUAUAACUGUUUUACAAGCUCAAUUUAUCAUGGCAUUACAGACGAUUGUUAGUCGUAAUAUUGCAUCAACUGAUUCGGCUGUAGUUAGUGUUGGUGCUAUUGAAGGUGGAUCAUUUGAUGCACUUGCUGUUAUGCCAUCAAAACUUCGUAUUGGUGGUACAACUCGAAGUUUUAUUAAAUCAGUUCGUGAUACAGUCGAACGACGAAUGAAAGAAAUUACUGAUGGUUUAGCUCAAACUUUUGGUUGUACAGUUGAAGUAGAAUAUUGUCGAUCUGGUAUUCCACUUGUUAAUCAUGUAAAAGAAACAAUGCGAGCAAUGAAUGCAGCUGAAUCACUUGUUGGUAAGGAAAGUGUGGAUGGAAAUAUGAUACCUAUUACAGCAGCCGAAGAUUUUGCUUAUAUGUUAGAAGAAAAACCUGGUGCUUAUAUGAUGAUAGGUAAUGGAAACAAAUCUGGUCCAAUACAUUCUCCUACAUAUGUUUUUAAUAAAGAAAAUAUUCCUUUUGGUGUUGGUUAUUGGAUUAAAUUAGUUCAACAAGAACUUCAAAAUUAA